GCAAAACACAAUCGCACCAGGAAAGUGGAGAGAAAACUCAUACCUCUAUACUCGUCAGUGAGAAUGUCACACAGGCACACCUACAGUGCCAGCACCCAGCAGCGAGCACAGGAAGCAGACAGAUAAAUAUAGACUCGCGCGGAGACCCGGAGACGAUCGGCGGAGCAGGAUACUCACAGACUAGUAUCCUACACCUGAGGGAAUCCGUGGAGGCCGAGUGGGAGUGGCGAAUUAAAGACUGGGACCGGGGGGAAACUAAACUAUAUGCGCCGAGUGGUCUCUGUGCUGGGGUCAAGUGACUGACGGUCAGGUAGCUGGAAACCUCUAGGGACAGUUUCAAAAAUGUAUUCUGGCUGCGUUUUUGCAAACCAUUACCCGCUGACAGAGUAAGGCUUGGUUUUCUAUUUGGAUUCCCGACACUUUAAAAAGGACGAAAGGAAUAAAUACCUGUCAGGUGGAGCGAGUGUAUAAGUCAAUAGGAGCUCGUUGAAGCGGUCAUGACAGCUCGCCGCCUCUAGGGGUCGCUCUCCCUCUGAUAAUGGGCCCGGAGGACGACGCUGCACAGACACGCACGAUGAUGGCCACGCCUCCGCCCUCUCCCCCCCUCUCCCGCUACCCCGUCGACCCCUUUACCAGCGUCCCCUGCCCGGCCCCGCCCCCCUGCUCCCCUUGCCCCUCCCCGCCUCCGCCCGGCAACGCAAGCCCCGUGACCCUUCGGGCCCUGCGCAGCCGCCACCUGGCGCACCUGGACCCCUGGAGGAGGCACAGCUGGGAGCCCGGGGCCGUGGCGCCGGGCUGCCCGCCCAACGAGGCCCGCAGUGUGAGCCUGGAGGAUCUGGACCCGGAGGAGAUGGAGAAGCUGCUGUGUGGGGCCCUGGGGCCACAGAGGAGCCCGGACCCGCGCCGGGUCCCCUUCCCUCAGUACGGCCAGGAGCCGGGGUCCCUGCAGUCCCUCACCGAGGAGGAGGCGGGGCCAGAGCCGCAGCACUACUCCGUACUGGAGGGUCAGUCCACUCAGUUGCAGGGCUGUAGUGCUUCAGCUCCGUCUCUGUGCCACGGUGUGGAGACCCGACCCCGGCCUCGCUCGCCCAAACCCCCGCUGCGCCCCCGCUCACACUGCUACGAAACCUCGCUCUACAGCCAGGUCGGAGGGUCCACGCACAGCGUGGAUGCAGAGGGAGAGAGGGAGGAAGGGGAGGAGAGAGAGAGGGAGAACGGCAGCACCCUCGAACGCACCCUCAGCUUCCUGCGCAAGAUGGCGGGGAACCGUAAGAACAAAGAGAAGGAAAGAAUGAAAGAGCGGGAGAAGGAGGCGAGAGAGAGGGAGGCGAGGUACAGCAACGGCCAUCUCUUCACCUCCCUCACCGUUUCGGGGACCACGCUGUGCUCCGCCUGCAACAAGAGCAUCACGGCCAAGGAGGCCCUCAGCUGCCCUACCUGCAAUGUCACCAUCCACAACCGUUGCCGGGACACGCUGCCGAACUGCGCCAAAGUGAAGCAGAGGCAGCAGAAGCUGGCCCUGGUGAGGAACAGCUCCGCACUGCAGGGCGUCACCCUUCGUAACAAAAACCCCAUGCUGAAAGAGAGGCCCAGCUCGGCCAUCUACCCCUCGGAGAGCCUGCGCCAGUCCCUCCUGGGCUCCCGCCGCGGCCGCUCCGGCCUCUCCCUCUCCAAGAGCGUCUCCACCAAUAACAUCGCAGGGAUCCUCUCUCAGUCCACCGACUCCCUCAACUUCCGCAACAGAGCCAUGUCCAUGGAGUCGCUCAACGAUGAAGGGGAGGUGUACUACGCCUCCAUGCUGGAGGAGCUGGAGCGGGACGGGCAGGAUUUCGAGGCGGACUCCUGGAGCAUGGCGGUGGAGUCCUCCUACCUGCAGACCCACCGCAAGGACGUCAUCAAGAGGCAGGACGUUAUUUACGAGCUGAUCCAGACGGAGCUGCACCACGUGCGUACGCUGCGGAUCAUGGAGGGGGUGUUCCGGCGGGGCGUGCUGGAGGAGGUGAUGCUGGAGCCGGGCGUGGCGCACGCGCUCUUCCCCUGCCUGGACCGGCUGCUGGCGCUGCACACUCACUUCCUGUCCCAGCUCCUGGCCCGCCGCGGCCUCAGCCUGCAGCCCGGCAGCGCCGCCAACUUCACCAUCCACCGGCUGGGGGACCUGCUGCUGGAGCAGUUCUCGGGCCAGUGUGCGGAGGAGAUGAGGAAGGCCUACAGCGAGUUCUGCAGCCGACACCCGAAGGCCGUCAAACUCUACAAGGAGCUGAUGGCCAGAGACAAGAGGUUCCAGUACUUCAUACGGCGAGUGAGCCGCGGUCCCCUGCUGCGUCGCCAUGGCAUCCAGGAGUGCAUCCUGCUGGUCACCCAGCGCAUCACCAAGUACCCCGUCCUCAUCCAGCGGAUCCUGGACAACACCAAAGGCUGUGAGGAAGAGGCCGCCUCCCUGUCCCAGGCCCUGGUUCUGAUCCGGGAGCUCCUGAGCUCGGUGGACCAGCAGGUCCUGGAGCUGGAGCGGACGCAGCGGCUGCAGGAGCUGCGGGCGCGGCUGGACCCGCGGGCCCAGGCGGAGGUCCGGGGCGGGGGCGUGUUCCGAGGCGGGGAGCUCACCAGGAGGAGGCUCAUCCACGAGGGGACCCUGCUGUGGAAGACGGGCGGGUCCCGGCUCAAAGAUGUGCAGGUCCUGCUGAUGACGGACAUCCUGGUGUUCUUGCAGGAGAAAGACCAGAAGUUCAUCUUUCCCUCCUUAGACAAGUCCCCCGUGCUGUCCCUCAAUAACCUGAUAGUGCGGGACAUAGCCAAUCAGGAGCGGGGGAUGUUCCUCAUCAGUGACUCCACCCCCCCGGAGAUGUACGAGCUGCACGCCGCCUCCAAGGACGACCGGAACACCUGGAUGAGAGUCAUUCAGCAGACCGUCAGCAGCUGCCCCUCCAGAGAGGAUUUCCCCCUGAUUGAGACGGAGGACAAGGCCCUGCUGCGCAGACUCAGAGCUGAUAUCCAGCAGAAGGAUCGGGAGGUGCUGGAGCUGCUGCAGGAGAGGGUGACCCUCUUCUCCGACCUGGCGGAGGUCACGGGGGGUCAGGAGGUCACGCUGCCCCCCAGCUCCCGAAACCUGUUCCGGGCCGACACCCCCCAGGCCCCCCGCGGGGAGCGGCUGCUGACGGACGCCAUCGCAGAGGUGGACCGGCUGAGCGAGCUGCUGCUGGGAUCCAGCCUGGAGCCGCCGCCGUCCAGGGGCUCCAACGGGCGGAAGAAGCACCGGGGGGCGCUGUUCAUCAACGGGCAGGAGAUAUCCUUCAACGGAACGCACGACAGCCCGGCGUCGAAGGACAGAAAUGGGAAUCAGCUGGAGGACAGAUCCCUAAACGAAGAGGUGUGUCAGAGGCUGGUGAACCUCAGUGUUCAGCUCCAUGCGCUGCAGGGGGUAGUGAUCCGGCAGGACUCCGUUCUGGAGCUCUGCCUCAGAGAGCGCCCCGUCUCGACAGGGGGCCCCACGGCGCCGCCGGCCCCGCUGGCCCCCCUGACCUCCACGCCGGCCAGGCUGUGCCGCUCGCUGUCACGUGACGCGGGCCUGGACGCCAGCGCGGGGGCGGCCAUCGGGGACCUGGCCAUGCUCCAGCGGCAGCACAGCCUCCUGCAGGAGGAGCUGGCCCGGCUCCGGGCCUCCGAGGCCCGGCUGCGGGACAGCGAGAGGGCCCGGGCCCUGCUGGAGCAGCAGCUGAGGGACGCCGCGCCGCUGCCCCCGGUGGACGCCGCUGGCGUUGCGGCCACGCAGCAGCAGGCUCCGCCUCCCCAGCGCAGGGGAAGCAAGUCCGAUCCCGGCCCCGUCGCCCCGUUGGCCAGCCAAGAGUCGGCGGACCAAUCGGACGGCCCGCAGGAGGGCAGCGACGCGGAGGCGAACUCGGACGAGGAGGGAGAGGAAGCGGAGGUCGACGUGGAGACGGAAGAGGACGUCAGGGUUUCGCCCCGGUCCGACAGCCCCAGAGAUCUCCAGGACAUUCCGGAGGAGAGCGAGAGUGGGGCGGAGCCACGGUAGUCUGGAGGCGGGGUUUUCUAUGCCGCUACCGCCCCACCCCCCGGAGCUAGCCACGUUGGGGGCACACAACCCCUGGAGCUGGGCCAGACCGAAAAAAUAAGACUUUACAGAGAGACUAAGCCCAUUCAAUACACUGAUUGGUCUUCCUCUGUGUACAUACAAAUAUGCUGUUUUUUCAUGUGUGUGUGUGUGUACACACACACACACAUACACACACACAUGUAUAUAGUGUCUUUCUGUGUCAUACAGAAAACCUUGGAUGUGGGGGGAAAAAGGUCAUUCUCAGGAACAGGAAGUUUUUUUUGACAAAUUAUGUUAUGUGCCAGCGAAGUAUCAUGGUUUAAUCACGUGGAGCUUUCAACCAGUUUUACUAGUUAUGAGAUAUUUACAGUCCAUAGAGCUGGAGGAAUUCUUUUUAUGGGGAACAAAAAGACAUAAAAAUGGACAUGCAAGGAUUUUGUGUGACACCAACAAUAUAAAUAUAAAUAUUCAUGUACAUGUAAAACUAUGAGGUAUUGUACUGUAGUUCAUGAUUAAUUAUGUUAUUUGAUUUUGUAGAAAAUGUGUUUUUGUUUGUCCACUCCGCCCCUCAGCACUCUCCUUUUAAAUGAGAGAGAGAGCAAGCGAAGCAGAGUAGGCGGAGUCAGAUAAGAGUGACAGCACAGAUAGGGCCCUGUGAUUGGCUGACGGGGCUGCUGACAUUAUGGCCUCUAUUCAAUCGACAUUUGUCCUUAACUCUGACUCGUGAGCCAGUGAAAGCACUGUACUUUUUCUUCUCAUCAAACUCGGUUUUAUUUGCGAGCUGGUUUUGAGUGACAGCUGAACUUAACCAACCUCGUGUUUACAACGAAGAAGAAAAAAAAAAGAAAAUGGUUCUCGCUUCUGAUAGUUAGUCUGAUAAGUUAGUUAAUCUGUUAACGGACGUCUAAGGGCAAUUGUGGAUCGAAUCCCGGGGAAUGUGCCACAGCGAUGAGCGUGUGACACGGCAUCACCCCGGUAUGGUCUGGGUUCUAACCUAUCCAGGUCCACUGCACUCUGACUCGUACAGAAGCACAGCUGACUGAACUCUAGGGGACAGAAAUGAGGUUUAUGGGGGGAGAGGUGGUCAAAUGUACUGUAUACACACAUUUGAGAACUCUGAAAUACCCCCCCUCCUCUCUCUAUCCCUCAUGCUCCUCUUGCUAAACACUUGAAUUCCCCCCCCCCUCCUCAUACAUGUUUUUACAGAUUUUUUACAUUUUAAACCUAUUUAAAUUUUAAUUGGCGAGGAGGAAGUUGGUCGGGGGGCUGGGGUGGAUGGGCAUUCAAGGAGCUGUUCACAAUUCUGUGGGAGAAUUUUUCAGAAAUGUAACCAAAGAUGAUUAUUAUUUGGGGAGGCGUGUGGGGUUGGGGGUGGGGGGGUCCUGUCAUUACUGUUGCAAAGGGAAUGGAACCGUACGCAGUGACGGCUGUCUUCUUUAAGAUAAAAGCCUUAAAUUACAGACGCGCUGUAUGCCAGCAUAGGCACAGCAUGCAGUCUUAAUAGUCUUCUGACUGGUUCUGAAGCGCUGCCCGUAGUUGAGUGACGUGGAAGAUAGCAGAACAUUCUGCUGUCACAGAACCGAAGCACUCUGAGCUUCAGGAGCUGAAGCUGGCGUCCGCUCGGCGUCGCCCGGUUUAUCCGGACAACUCGACAUCCGGGGGGCACUAGGCCCUUUGUGAAAACUCCCAUUUUAUUUGUACUAUGACAUCAUCAGAGUGAGACGAGUAUGAGUUUCCAGUGACAUUCUGUGUCAGCCCAUUUCAAGCUGGUACUAUGACAUCAUCAGAGUGAGACCAGUACGAGUUUCCAGUGACAUUCUGUGUCUGCCCAUUUCAAGCUGGUUUCCAUGACCAGACCCAAAGGCAUUAGAAGGUAACUAGUGAGAGUAAGCUUCAUGUAUUUAAUAAAAAGACUGCCAUUCAUUCUGAACAGUGGAGAGGACACACAGUAGUUAAACUGGAUUUAUUUACCGUUUCCUCAUGUAAACCACAGAAGAGACCACAAUAGUGCUUUUUUUUCUAUUAUAUAUUAUAUAUAAAGUAUGUAUUUGUGUAUAAAUGUUGACCGUUUUCUUUAAAAAGAAGCAAGAAAAAAAGACACAAAAUGUUGAAUUUUUUGUUGUAAUUCUGUUUUGAUUUUUAAUUUGUAUGUAAUUUGGCUGACCGUCAUUUGGCUGGCUUUCAAUCUGUCUAUAAAUCUGGCUGAACGGA